UCGGAUGAAGAGAAGAGCCAGACGAGGAAGCAAGGAGGAGGGAUCAGGAGCAGUGGCGUGGUUUGACCGGAGUAAAGAGUUUAUUCUGGAUUCUGCGGACGCCUCCGUCACAGUUCAAUCGGAUGGUCUCUCUCUGGUCUUUAUUUGAUACCCAAAUCAGUUAUGUGCGCAAAAGGACGCAGAGCGUCAGAGGUGUGCUGCUCUGAAAGGAGUUUGGAUAAAGUGGCGCUAUAAGAAACUUACACACCUCCGCUGUCACUGUCAUCGCAGCACAGGUACGAACCAGGAUCCCGGAAGAACUCGUUGUACAGGUUACCCUUUGUUUUUAGAGUUACUUGUACGUUUCUGAGUGAACGAACUCAGAUGGACUUGUUUACUUUAUUCAAGAAAAAAAAUUAUCUCUCAAAGUUUCUGAUUAUAAAGUAAAUUAGCGGAAAGAAAAUGAAGGAUCAGAAGAAGAAGAAGCUGUUCGUGGUGGUGGAUGUGCUGUGCGUUACAGCUGCGGCACUGCCUUUCAUCAUUAUGACCAUUGUCUCCAAGCCAUACCAAAGAGGCAUUUACUGCAAUGAUGACAGCAUCAAGUAUCCCCUAAAACUAGACACCAUCACCCCCGGUAUGCUGGCAGCUAUCACCAUCUGCUGCACUCUCGUCAUUAUCUCAUCUGGAGAGGCUUAUCUGGUCUACAGACAGAGGAUUCAGUCUAACACACAGUUCAAUCAGUAUCUAGCUGCACUCUACAAGGUAGUAGGCACCUUUCUGUUUGGAGGAGCUGUCAGCCAGUCACUUACUGACCUUGCAAAGUACACUAUUGGGCGUCCAAGGCCAAACUUCAUGGCAGUAUGUGCACCGAAAGUCUGCACAGGAUACAUGCCGGUGAUCAACUGCACUGGGACUCCUGAGGAUGUCACAGAGUCUAGAUUGUCCUUCUAUUCUGGUCACUCCUCUUUUAGCAUGUACUGCAUGCUUUUCCUAGCGCUUUACGUGCAGGCGAGAUUUGUGGCAAAGUGGGCCAGACUUCUCCGGCCCACCAUCCAGUUCUUCCUGGUGGCCUUCGCGGUUUAUGUGGGUUACACCCGAGUCUCUGAUUACAAGCACCAUUGGAGCGAUGUGCUGGUGGGGCUGCUGCAGGGAGCGCUUGUUGCUUUGCUAAAUGUGCACUUUGUGUCGGAUUUCUUCGAGAAGUGUCCUAAACGUUCCAAGAGGCCGGGCACUCGCGAUGGUGAGGAACCAGAAAGGAAACCCAGCGUGCAGAUUGCAGACUCUGAGAACAGCAACCAUUACAACUACCACAGUCGUGGCACUGUGUGAUAGUGGACUUAGGAACAAAGACUGCAAACCUGCAGACCACAAACCUGUGUGAUAGCGUCAAAUCCAGGGGCUUCAACCUGGUUAGAUCAGGUAAUAACCUGGGUUAUAUGCAAUCCUGACUCUUCAGGAUGCCUUCUGUCCUGGAACUGUGUCAAAUUUUAAUGUUUUGGUAAGUUUUGCAAUCGGCCCUUUGUAUUUGUGUUUUAAAAAAGAAAGGAAAAGCUAGACUUCUGGCCUGUAACUUUCAACCUCUUUUCUCUGCAUCAACCACUCACUUUCCACCUGCUCCACUGGACUGAGGGAUGCAGCCCAUCCCGAGGCACCUGAGACACAACCAUGACACUUUUCUCCUGUAAGAGAGAAAGAAGCAUAUUUUCAAGCUAUCAUUAUUAACGGUAAAGCAAAAAAAGCUUUACCAAAUGCAACAUGGGUAACAUUGUUACCUGUGUUAGCAAUGCAGGUUUCAAUAGCUGUAAGCUUCCAGUGUCUUUUUCCAGCACACUGACAAAAAAUGUCAGAUAAAAGUUUCUCUGCAUUUGGGUUGAUACAUAUUCUACUUUCUUUACUCAUUACUUGCAAAUUAGGGUUGUUAUUAUUAUACAGUAUGCAUGUUAUCUGUUCCAGAAUGGAUCAGUGACAGCACCUAGAUUUCAGUUAUACAGAGCGAAUGCAGUGAUAACCUAAAAGUGCCUGAAAAGUGCCAAAAACUGCACCAGAAUCUGGGCACGGUUUCAGAAUUCAAAGCAGCUAUUUCACUUCCAGUGAGUUCUUUAAUUUUAAUUAAAACUACACCGAUUAAUGGAGGUUUAACAUUAGAGUGUAUUUUUUGAUUUGUGAAAGUAGAAAACCAAAUUUGUCUAGAAUAAUUGUAACGAGAAGAAUGUUCAGGCAGGAAAGUUUCUAAGUGUUGGUGGAUUCAUGUCAUUUUAUUGGACCUACAGUAGAAGAAUACUGAAUUUCUGACUGUCGGUUAACUUAUUUUCCUAUAUAAUGCCAUCCUGUUGACAGCAUGUCUCAAAUCGUGGAGUCUGUGUCACCUCGUUCAACAGAAAUCUAUGGAUCUUGCUGCCUGUUUGAUAAACACAUUUUUAAAAUGCUUGAGUAAAUAUUACCCGAAUUAACAAUGUUGUUAUAAUUGUUUUAUUACAUUGCUGAUUUUGUGGUGGUUUUUCUUUGGCUCUGGCUAAAAUCUUAUUGGCAUGUGGCCCCAAAAACUCCUGAAACGUUAGCUAUAGACCAUCCAGAGCUGCUUAGAUGAGCUGUAGAGCCGGUUAACCAACAUGGGAAACAAGAACAUCCAGUAAUGUUUCAUAACUGCCGUACAAACAGAUCUGUGUCUCUGCUAGAACAAACAUUUUGUUCUUAAAGUGCUAGACAGGUUUACCAGCUGACAACACACUAAUUAGAUUAGUGCUCAUGCAUGUUGGCAGACUUCACUAACUGUCAUGUGAUAUCACUGAUUUCAUUACGUUUAGCAUGAAACUGAGCUAAGGUGAGGACACAUCGAAUCUUCAGCUUUUAGGCUCAUGUCCAGACUGGAAAGUUUCUGAAAUGUAAACAUGUAAUUGUGGAUUAGAUUAAUGAUUUUUUUGAUCACCUAUGUGAAAUGGUCUGCAGUAGCAGACACCAUUGAUGCCUGUAGCUUUUAUUUCUGCUGGACUUGAUGUGUCAUACCACUACUAUACAAUCAAUCAAAUAUUAAGAAACGUUGCCUCUAUCUUGUGUCCCUUUUCCACUUUUUUUUUU